AUGAUGUAUUUGGCUAAUAUAUCGAGUUUUGAUUUACAAAAUGACGAUUUUGUUGAAUAUAUUGAAAGAUUUGAAAAUUAUUUACUUGCCAAUAACAUACAGGAGGCAGAAUUACAAAAAGCCGUUUUUCUAUCAACUAUUGGAGGACCUGCUUACAAACUUCUUCGUAGUUUAUGUGAAAAUGACACUAAAAAUAAAAGUUUUACUCAACUAAUAAAGUUAAUGAGAGACCAUUUAAAACCAACCCCAAACUUCAUUGCACAACGGUUUCAAUUUUAUAAAAGAGACAGAAAAGAGGGAGAAUCAGUGAAUGGAUAUAUUACUGAAUUGCGCAGAUUAUCAGAGCAUUGUGAGUUUAGUGAGAAGUUAAAUGAUUACUUAAGAGAUAGAUUUGUGUGUGGAUUAAACAACGAAAAUGUACAGCAAAAGUUAUUAACCAUAAAAAACCUUACAUUAGAGACAGCAUUAGACACAGCAAGAGCAUAUGAAGCGGCAUAUAAAGAUGCUAAGAUUUUACGUGGUACUAGAGAGGGUCAUAUAGAACAAGAAGAAGUGCACAAGAUGGAUACUCGGACAAGAUUUGAGAAAAAUAGAGAAUGUUUUCGAUGUGGCUAUAUGGAAAAAAAGGAAUUUGAGGGUAGGAAGGAGAAGAAAUUAGGAGUGAAACAAGUUGAAAUUCGUGAGGGUUCAGCUAAAGGAAACACUGCAGACACAGAUGAAAAUGAUAGUGAUUUUUUAGCCUUGUAUUCAUUAGGUGAGGAGUCUGAGAGGGUGAAUGGGCCAGUUAUGGUUAAUGUAAAAAUCAAUGGUAAAGAGGUAGGAAUGGAAGUGGACACAGGAGCUGCUGUUUCCGUAAUGGCUGUUUCAGCUUAUAGAAGAGUGAAAGGAAAUAAAGGAAAGUUAAGAAGGUCUGAAGUAGUGUUAAAGACUUACACAGGAGAACUUGUAAGACCAGAAGGAAUAGGACUUGUUGAAGUAGAUUAUAAAGGACAAUGUUGCAGUUUACCUAUAACUGUAGUUAAGGGAAAUGUACCUACAUUAAUGGGAAGAGAUUGGAUUUAUAGACUAAACCUGGAAUGGGCAGAUUUGUGUAAAGGGAUUAAAAAAGUUAACAUUUGCAAUAGGUUGGAUUCCAGGGUAGAGGCAUUAGUUGCGAAAUUUCCAGAGGUGUUUAGUGAUAAUUUAGGGUGCUUAAAGAAUUUUAAAUGCCACAUACCUGUACGUGAGGGUGCACAACCAAAGUUUUUUAAACCAAGACCAGUACCGUAUGCUUUGAGGACAAGGAUUGAACAAGAGCUUGAUCGCUUGGAAAACCAAGGGGUUUGGAGAAGGGUUGAAUAUUCACAAUGGGCAGCACCUAUAGUGCCUGUUCUAAAGAAUUCAAAAGACCCUACGGGCCCAUUACGUAUAUGUGGGGAUUAUAAAAUUACAAUAAAUCAAGCUGCCCCUCUGGAUACCUAUCCAAUCCCAAACACCACAGAUCAGUUAGCCACUAUUGCAGGUGGACAAAAAUACACCAAGCUUGACUUGUCCCAGGCAUAUCAGCAACUUGAGUUGGAUGAAACUUCACAAGAGUUUCUAACAAUAAAUACGCAUCAAGGUUUAUAUCAGCCAACUCGCCUUCAGUUUGGUGUUCAUAGUGCAACUGGCAUCUUUCAAAGAGAAAUGGAUAGAAGGUUAGGGAGGUUACCAUUUGUAAAAGUUCGAGUGGAUGAUAUACUCAUCUCUGGAAAAUCGGACAUAGAGCAUUUAAACAAUUUAGAAUCCGUAUUAAGAAUUUUAAAGGAAUCAGGAUUAACUCUUAAAGCAUCUAAGUGCUCUUUCAUGCAACCUAAAGUUGUAUUCUGUGGUUUUAUAAUCAGUCAAGAAGGUUGCAGACCAACUACACAAAAUGUGGAGGCAGUUAUGGAUGCUCCUCGACCCACCAAUAUCAAAGAGCUAAGAGCAUUUUUAGGAAUGGCUAACUAUUACAAUGCCUAUUUACCUAGAAUGGCUUCUUUUACAGAGCCACUCCAUAAUUUGAUGAGGAAAAAUGUAUUCUGGAAGUGGAGUAGAGACAGUGAGGAGGCUUUUCAAAAAGUUAAAACUAUGUUAUGCAAUGCACCAUUGUUAGCUCACUUUGAUCCAUCAAAAAAAAUUAUGGUUCACUGCGAUGCCAGUCCACAUGGCGUGGGAGCUGUGCUGAGUCAACAGCAGGAUGAUGGAAGAGAAAAACCUAUUAGUUUCGCUUCAAGAACAUUAAAUAUGGCUGAACGAAAUUAUGCCCAAGUUGAAAAGGAAGGAUUAGCAUUAGUUUUUGCAGUAAAAAAAUUUCAUCAGUAUUUAUAUGGGCACAAGUUUACUUUAUACACUGAUCAUAAACCUUUGCUGGGGCUUUUUUCAGAAAACAAGGAACUUCCUGCAAGAGCUGCUGCAAGAGUAUUGCGCUGGGCUCUGCUACUGUCAGCAUAUGAUUAUAAACUCCUAUAUUGUCCUGGUGAAAAGAACGCAGCUGCAGAUGGUUUAAGUCGUUUACCAUUAGAUGCAUCGAGAGAAAAGUCACGGUUAAAAACCAUGGAGGUGGCUAUGAUGGAGCUAGUAAAAGCCCCUAUUACAGAAAAACAAUUGAGGGUAGCCACAUACAAUGAUCCCAUAUUGGGAGUGGUUCUAAAUAAAGUGUUAGACGGAGGAUUGAUGAUGGAAGAGAGUAAAGUGGAACUGAAACCAUACACAUCCAGGUUCCCUGAGUUGUCAACAGAAGGGGGUUGUUUGUUGUGGGGGCGAAGAGUAGUGGUGCCAAGAGUAUUAAGAGAAACAGUAUUAGAAGAGUUACAUGAGGUUCAUCCAGGAGUAAGUAAAAUGAAAGCUUUAGCUAGAAGUUAUGUCUGGUGGCCUGGAAUCGAUUUGGAAAUUGAGAACAAAGUAAAAAAUUGUGAAACCUGUCAAAGGAAUCAGAAGUGUCCAUUAACUGAGUCUCAUCCAUGGGAAUAUCCAAGCAGACCAUGGGAGAGAUUACACAUUGAUCAUGCAGGUCCAAUGAAUGGAAAAAUAUUCUUGGUGGUGGUUGAUAGUUUCUCAAAGUGGAUUGAAGUAGAAGUUGUGGGCAGUACUGGAGCCAAGACAACAAUUAGGGUACUCAGAAGAUUGUUUUCGACCCAUGGUUUACCUCGAGUUAUUGUUAGUGAUAAUGGAUCUGGGUUUUCGAGUGAAGAAUAUAAACAGUUUUUGUCUUCAAAUAAUAUUAAACCAAUCUAUGCAGCACCCUAUCAUCCAGCAUCGAAUGGUCAAGCAGAACGAAUGGUUCAAACAUUUAAGAACUCGUUAAAAUGUUUUCAAGGAAGUGAUGUCGAGACACAAUUGUGCCUUUUUCUUUUUAAAUAUCGCUUAACACUACAUUCUACAACUGGAGUUUCUCCGGCUGAACUUUUAUUAGGUAGAAGAUUAAGAAAUCCAUUGUCGAUGCUACUCCCUGAGGUCAUCACCAAAAUCAACGAAAAGCAGCUUCCCGGUAUUUUUAGUAAUAAAAGUCGUUUCUUUCAACCAGAAGACCCUGUGUACGUAAGGAAUUAUAGUGGAGGUGAGAAAUGGGUCUCAGCUAUUAUUGUCUCAAAAGUCGGAAAUGUGAACUACAAAGUAUUGACAUUGGAUGGUCGUAUCCAGAUUAGACAUGUAGACCAAAUUGUGAAACGUCAUGUAAAAGAUUGCAUUGAACCUUUAGUUAAAACAGCAGAUGGCAUAAUUGGUCCUUUGUUAAGCAAUAAAAUACCUGAAACAUCAGUCCCGAGUGAUAGCAUGUAUGAUGAAUGCAACCCAAUUAACAAGGAUAUUGAACCCAACAGAGCACACGAGCAGCUUGAAAAUAAAGACGUUAGUCACGAUGGAUCUUGUGAACAACCUGAACCGUUUUCUGAGCCCAUUACUACAAAAACCCGAAGGUCAGGUCGAACCUGUCGUAAACCAGCAUAUUUAGAACAGUAUGAAUGA